AUGUGGGACUUGGCUGACGUGGGUUCCUUGAAUGUAAUGGUGGCUGGAAAAUCAAAAUCAGAGGUGGAUCGAGUGAAGAUUCAAAAGUCGUUGACAGCCCUAAUUUCUGGCGUACCUGUCUUUCCGGGCAUCAUUAACGACCAUGGUUGUUCACUAAUUAACCACUUUAAGCGUCUCCCUUCCUAA